CUCUAUCACAUUCACUCAACUGUUGUAAUGUAAACUAUGGGUGUUGAGUUAUUCGUUAUUAUAAAUUAUUCUCUUAACUUCUUAAGGCAGCAGUCCAAGAUUUAAGAAAAUAUGAGGAUCCCUGUUGAGUUGAUGCAACACAUGUUCUAUAAUAAAAGUCUCCACUAAUGUUUUUUCAGAAGUCUUUAAAUGAGUAACAUUCUGCCUUGAAUACACUAUUGUGAAUAAUGAGUGAAGAUGAAUCGUGUAAAGAAUUUAAAAAAGAAACACGACCAUUGAAACGGAAAUUAGUGGUUUCGCCAUACAGUCGUGGACAUCUUCAUCGAAACUGUAAACUGGUAAUUCAAGAUACUGGAGAGUCACUAUUUGCUAUAGAGAGGCAGCUAAAUGUGAGCCAUCGAACAAGACGGGCACAACUGCCCAAGCUACCCCCUGAAAUAUGGAUCAAAAUAUUUAGCUACAUAAUUGCAGAGAGGCAGUACCCUUUCAUGAUCAGGGCACCACUUGUCAGCAAGCUUUGGUAUAAUCUCUGCUUGAAUCCAUGUCUGUGGACUGUUGUCAAAGUUCCCUAUGGCGGAUACUAUUGGAUGCGGCGAACUGAUGAGUUUUUGAUAUGGCUGUCAAGAAACAGACUAGCACCAUGUAAAGAAAUAGAUUUGACAGGCUGGGAUAUUACAGCUUUAGGUGUUCAGGAACUGACAGAGAACUGCAAAAAGCUACAGUCAGUUAACUUGUCAUAUUGCACAAAGCUCAGCAUGGAUAUUGCCACUUACUUUACCACUAAUUGUCCACACAUCACAUCUUUAGAUUUUUCUCAUACUUGUAAUGAUCUAGUCAGUGUUUUACCCAUGACAACAAUAAUUGAACACUACAAUGCUCAAUUGUUGAGUCUUAAUCUCAGUGGAAAUUUGAUGCAUGGCUUUCAUAAACUGAUGGAUGCUAUUUGUGAAAACUGUAGAAAUCUUGAAGCCUUGUCAAUCAAUUACUGUAGAGUCGAUGUAUUUAGUCUGGAUAUAGAACGACUUCAGCGUAGCUUGCCGCAUCUCAGGGUAUUAAAUAUGGGCUACAUUUUAGCCACUAGCAUCACCCUUGAAGAUUAUCCUUCUUACCUCUCACCAGGGUUUCAAUCACUGGAAGAGUUAUCUAUUGCUGCUGGCAGCCCUUGUGAUAACAGGCAACCCUUGCCAGUAAAUGACAACUUAAUAGAGAGGUUGAUAAUGUCUUCAAGACAACUACGAAGUCUGGAUCUACGUGGCUGUGAACAUUUCUCUGUUCAAACAUUGCUCAAGCUGCCUUGCUUGGAUGUAGAGAAACUCUUGAUGGGAAUUCGCAUCAUUGAUGACCCUCGAGGACUUGUGCAGUUAUUGAAACAGUGGCGGCACAGUCUAUGUGAAAUAGUCCUAUCCUACAGUAGUUUUAGUUUGGAAGACAUCACAGAAGGUAUGUUCUGUCUGGUGAAAGAUGAAAAUGUUUUGAUAGAAAGAGUGGAGCUAGAGAAUUUGGACAUCACCAUGCCUUUAGUCAGUGCAAUCAGCCAGAACUGCCCAAAUGUUAGGACUGUCAACUUGCAGAAAUGUCUUGCAAUACCAAAAAAGUUGCGGCGAUUUUUUGACAGACGGAAAAUUGAUACGUUUCGUCACAUUGUUGCUCACACAUGUAAAUGUAAUUGGUGAUAUUAAGGUACUGCAGUUGUAUUGAGUCCAAUGUAAUUUUGAUGUCUGUAUGAUGCUGGUAGGUGAAAAUUUCACUGUAAUCUCAGUGUCUGAUAAAAUGUUUUACCAUUGUAUGGUGCUUGAGUUUUGAAAAAAUGCUAAUGUACUUAAUGGUGUUUGGCAGAGCAUUUAAACAAUGCUAAUAUUUGUGUGGUAAUGCUUUAUUGAGUUGCACUGAUUUAUAACUGAUGUUAUAAAUGUGAGAUGCUUGAAUCUAUUAUACCAUUAUAUAAGAAAAUCAGUGCCAUAUAUUCACAUACACACUUGCACACAAUUCCAUACUCUUACAAGAAAGUAGUAAGAUGAAAAUUGACACAAAAUUGUUGAAAAAGUCUGAUGCCUUCUAUGUGUGGAAAAAAAAUUCCAGAUCAAUUUAAGAAAAAUGUGUUCUCUUCAAUAGUUUUGAAACUGUUUUCUCACGGAUUUGUGUGAUAAAACCAUUUUCUCACGUACAAAAUGUUCAGCUUGAAUGUACUUUUUGAAGAUAUUUGUUUUUGGAACCCACUCUUGUGUAAAAAUGCAGGAAAGUAAUGUUUUAUGAUGUCUAGUUGCUUAAUAUUUAUGUAAUAAAAAACUCACAAUAAUUUCUGAACUAAAGUGAUUUUACUUCUAAGAUUAAUUACUCAUACUAUCUAAAUUCAUUUGACAACUAUUUAGUAG